AGGAAAUCGCCCUCUCGAUAGCCAAUAGUUAGCGCUUUCGGCUGGUGGUUUCGAUGCGGAGAAACCACAAAGCCAUUGCGUGCGAAUGGCGAGAGAAGUCGAAGGUCAGAGACGCAUUCUCAAGGUGCGGGCUAUCCGGGCAUUAAAUACGCUGUAUCUCGUCGCCAAAAGCCAAGCCUCUCUGGCUUCACAGACUGCUUAAAGUCGCAUAGGGAUCCUUGCCGGUGUUGUGCGAGUCCCGACUAGAGGACCACCCAGAGAUGAAGUCCCUUCUGUACACCGUCGCUCUCUGGCUAUCGACAGCAGCAAGAGGGGCCCGUGCUGACUGGCAAUACCGCUCACGGCCGGACCUCUCUCCGCCGAGACUCAAUAUCACCGUUCCCGCCGGCGACGGCAUCGCCCCUGGCUACAUCUUCGUCGGCCCGUAUCCGGGUGUCGGCGGCGGGCCGGAACAGCCCGCGGCUUACAUCUUCCGCAACGACGGCGACCUUGUCUGGUCGGGUCUGGGCUACCUCGCCGGCUGGGCCGCCAACAUCCAGGUCGCCGAAUACCAGGGACGGCCCGUCCUCCAGGCGUUCCAGGGCUCGGUGGAUGUCUCCCACGGCCAUGGCUUUGGCUCGGCCGUCCUGCUGGACCAGCACUACCGCCAGAUUGAGGUUGUGCGGAGCCCGACGAAUAAGCUGCUCGACCUGCACGAGUUCCGCAUCGUCGACGGGAAGACGGCGCUGGUUGAGAUCUACCAGCCCAUUCCCUACGACUUGCGCCCUUAUGGCGGCGCCGAUGGGCAGCAGUGGAUCGUGGAUGGUAUCAUCCAAGAGAUCGACAUCGAGACCGGAGAGCUGAUCUUUGAGCGCCACACGCUUGACAUCGUGGAACCGGCCGACAGCCUACAUCCCCUGACUGGCUUCAACUCGACCGAUGCGUGGGACUACUUCCACAUCAACAGCGUCGACAAAGAUGACGAGGGCAACUACCUAAUAUCGGGCCGGCACACGAGCGCCAUCUACAAGCUCGACGGCCGCACCGGCUCCGUGAUCUGGCAGCUCGGCGGCGCGCGCUCCAGCUUCACCUUUGACCCGCCGACGACGACGACGAAGCGCCCGUUCGGGCUGCAGCACGACGCGCGCUUCCUGUCUCGCUCGCCCGACGGCAAUAUCGAGACCAUCUCGCUCUUCGACAACGGUGACGGCGUCGGCGGCUCGCCGAGCGCCGCCCGCGUCUACCGCCUCGACCACGCCGCGCGCGCCGCCGCCGAGGUGCGCGCCUACCCGGCGCCCGACGGCCUCUGGGCCGCGUCGCAGGGCAACGCGCAGGUGCUGCCCCUACCCGGCGGCGGUGCCGGGAACGGGAACGUGUUUGUCAAUUGGGGGUCCGCCGGCGCCGUGACCGAGUUCGCGCCCGGCGGCGAGGUCCUCUUCCACGCGUAUCUCGACUCCGGGCCCGGCGGGCGGACGGCCCAGAGCUAUCGUGGGUUCCGGUUCGAGUGGGAGGGGCGCUCGGGCGAGACGCCGGCUGUGGUUGCGGUGCGGGACCCGAAGACCGGGGAGGCGGCUAUUUAUGUUUCGUGGAAUGGUGAUACCGUCACCAAGUCGUGGCGGUUCUAUGUCCGUGGUGCCGCAGCCGGGUCUAAGGGGAGUAAAACGUCCAGUCUGGGGAGGGUGCCUCGCACUUCCUUCGAGACUGUUUUGAGGGUAUCUCCAAGCGAGAUUGACCGUGUCGGCAAGGGCGCGAGGGUUUUCGCUGAAGCCAUCGACCACCAUGGUGUGGUGCUGUCUAGGUCAGAGCCUGUCGUCAUCAAGGAAGCCAUCGAGCCGCUCAGAGGCAGCGGAUUCAGGGACAGGGGCACUCAACAGUCUGUCCUUCAGGAGUUUGAAGUGGCCGACUUCACGGACUUGUGA